ACUAUUGCCAUAUUUGAGACUCCAUAUAAACAACGGUUUUAAAAAGGGUUUUUCAUCAGUAAGACUAUCAUUGAUUUGUUUAGGACGGAGGCGAUAUUGAUCAGUCUUCAUCAUAUAAAGCAUUUUUCUAGUCAUGGAAGCAGAAAAGAGGCGAGUUCCUUCUCAAGUAGUUGAGUUGGCGGAUGUGAAUGUUUUACUCGUUGGGCAUGAGGGUGCUGGCACAUCAACAUUUUUUAACAAUUUUCUUAAGCUAGGUAAAAAGGAUAAAAGUAGUCAAAGCAUGCACAUGACACAAACUAUUCGGUAUUUUGAAACAAAGACAAUGAGAGGCUACAUUUCUGAGCACUUGAGUUGGUAUCACCAUGUGCCCGAUUUGAUGAGUUGGGGAUCUGGAGCUGGCAUUGCCAUUCUAGUCAUAUCUGGUGCCGAAAAUGAUCCUCUUUCUGAUGAGGAGAAACUGAAGCAAAUAGUACAACGUGUUUACCUUAUAAGGUUCUUAGGUAUCCCCAAAAUUGUGAUAGUGAUCAACAAAAUGGAUGAUCCGACUUAUUCACUAACAAGGUUUAUGGAACUAAAAAAAAGUGUGGUAGAUGUUUUGAAGCGUGCUGGGUACGAUUAUAAGAAUGAUACCAUGAGUGUUCCUAUAUCAGGAAAAUCAGGUUUGAACAUCCAAACCAUGACAAGACAUUUGAGGUAUUCAGGUAAAUGCCUCUUUGAGACAUUAGCUACUAUUGAUGUAUCCCAAUUGGCCAUGAGAGUCACGUCUGAUCAAACAUGGUCCCCCAAGGAGGUUGAGGAGUUGGGCCUCUUUGAAGAAUUGUUCAAGAUUGACACAUCCAUAGAUAAAGACCAAACUGACCAAAGUAAAGCAACAUUAUGGUAUAGGAGAGCUAAAAUUGCAGGGAAGCUUCAGUUGUUUAACGCAUUUCAAGAUGCGGAUAAGGCAGUGGAAUGCAAUUUAGAUUUGUCUAAUAACCCGGAAUACGGGGAAGAAGUCAAUGAUCCUUUUCUGUACAAAAUUAAAGGGGAUCUUCAUUAUUCAAGACAAAGCUUCGAUCUUGCCCGUGAAAACUAUCUUCACGCAUAUGAAAUUUUUAAUAAACAAAGAUGGAAAAAAGCCGUUGAAAAGUUACAAGAACUGAUAUGUACUUCUGAAUUACUACAAUCUGAGGAAGAGGAAAAGCUUAAAACUCAAACGAAGAAGAAAGGGAAGAAUAAAGGGGAGAAGAAAGAAGAGCUUCUAGAGGAGAAUGAAGAGCUUAAAGAGGAGAAAAAAGAAGAGCAUUUUGACGAGAAGAAAGAUGAUGAGCUUAAAGAAGAGAAAAAGAAAGAGGAGAUUGGCGAGAAAAAAGAUGAUGAUUCUAUUUUGAAGAUAUCAAUUGUCACGGACUUUUCAUUGGAUGCAAAACCACAAGACGGUGUUUAUUCUGGGUACAAGAUUCGUGCUGACAUUUCCUUGCCUAUUUCUAUAAUUCGGUGUUCUGAUUAUCAGAAACAGAAUUAUCAGAAACUAUUGUCUUUAGGAGACAUUGGCCCUCAUGUCUUGAGUAUUCAUGAUAUGUAUGAUUUCACAAUUGAGGAAGAGUCGUCAACCUUUUUUGUAGUUCAACCCAUCAAAUCGGUUGAUUACUACUACUUUUUGAAGUUUGAGGAUUUUCGCAAUCGUGUCAAAAUCGAUGAAGGUGAUAAAGAAAGUAUUCUAACUAAAUGGUGGCUUUUUAUCCAACCUGAAUUCCAAAAAAAAAUUCGGGAUAUAGUCUAUGGAUUGAUUUUUUUAUUUUUGAAAAGACAAAAAUGUAAAUCAUCCAUGUAUGUUAUGAAUGACGCUGACGGUAAAGUGUUGCCAUCAAUGGAUCCCAAUGCAAGUGAUGGUGAUUACCUUGAUGAUUUGGUGAAAAAGAUGAAGUCCAUUGUGAAACAACCACAUCUUGGCCACAAGUCUGCAUCGAAAUGGCUUCCGAUUGAUUUGGUCCAUCUUUUCAAUUCCUUUUCUAAGGAGUGCUGAAUCACGUUCCUAUGUGGUGGUUGCUUGAUCAUCAGUAUUUUUGGUCACCUGAUAAUUGUGUGGACUUUGUUAUCAAGCUGAGAGGCUUACUGAAGACGCCCCUCAUGCAUAAAUUUCGUUGGGAGUUGCAAUAUGAGAUGAUGAAAGAUGUUGGGGGAUUUUGGGCAGAUCAUAUUCCUGAUGGCAUACUGAAAGAGAUUUGGAGAAAAGGUGACCCCAAUCAAGAUCCGUCUGAAUCAUCGACAUCAGAUGCAUCGUCGACAUUAGAUGCUCCGAAAGAAUCAGAUGCACCAUCGACAUCAGAUGCUCCGAAAGAAUCAGAUGCACCAUCGACAUCAGAUGCUGUGAAAGAAGAUGGGUGGAUAAAAGUUGCUCCAUAUACACAACAGUAUGAUAUAGUGCGAUAUAUGACAGCAGUUUACUCACAUUAUAAUGAUGAUGAAUAUUCAGCUUUUCGACCCGGAGGGAAGACUGUUGACAAUGUAGAGAUUGAGCAACAAUUAAGAGUGUGUUUUCCAAAGAUCUAUGGACAAAUCGCAAAUGCAUUAUAUCGUUGUCCCAAGACAAAACAGUAUGACAACUUUGAAGGUAAAGUUUUGAAGGUGUUAUCUCGUCAUCAUACAGAAUAAAUGGACUUGGAUAUUUCCGAUGUGACAGUGUUGAUGAACCAACUUGCUGACCAGAUUCUUAAGCUCGUAUCAAAUGUCGAGGUUCUUGCAGACAGACAUUUUUCUUUUACUUAGCUUGUGCUCUAGGUGCUAUGUAAACAUGUGGACUUGUGCAGUAUUUUAAAUCAUUUUGUAAUAUAGAUUAGAGCCAAGACCAAAGACCUUUUACAAAUUUUAUGUUAUCUUAGAUGUUGGAUUAAAGUUGCAAUUGUUUUGGUUGUAGCUAGAAUGAUAUCAGUGUUGAAAAUAUUAUUUGUUUUGGUUAGUAGAUAUUUAGUUUUACAA